GUUGUUCCUGAUUAGCAUUUCUGGCAGCUGUGGGAAUUCUCUCCUGAUUACAGAGUAGAAAAGCCAGGUGAACCACUGCUAUUAUACUCAACUUGCAUAGGUGCAGGGUCAGCAAUUGGAGAUAGUGACUGGAGGAAAGAAAUGGGGCUGAUGCAUGAUGGGCUUUUAUUCCUGCUGUUCUGUUUAGCCAGUAGUUCUCGGUUCAGAAACAGAGCUGGUAAUGGUGUGUUUCUGCAAGAUCCUGAAUUAGAGUGGGAGAGAAGGGCGACAGUUAUGGGUGAAGAAAAAACAGAAGCUUCUGUGCCAAAAUCCAAACUCUGGAGGAGUGCAUCAGCUGAUGCAGCUUCACUGCCUGGAGCAUAUAAGUAUGAGUACCUCCGUGUCCCAUAUGCCAAUGAUAGGAAAGAGGAUUUCAAGCCACAAAAAGGUGCCAGACCCCUCUCUGGAUGGGCCAAGAAAAUUUUACUUGGUCAUACUCCCACUAUUCCUCUAGCUCGGGAAGCAGGAGACAGACACAAGCUGGUUGAAAUCCUCUGCCAUGUUGACAGACUAUAUGUAAGAAUAAAGAGAGAGGUCUUUAAGUCUCGUGAUGCGUACAAAUACUUGAAAUUAGGGACUUGUCCUGUUAACCAUGCUAAUGACAAGUAUUACUACCUUCUGUACCUCCUGAAAAAUGAUUGUGGAUUCAAGAAAGAGAGCAAUGUGGAUUAUUUGUCCAUCAGCAGUGUGCUCAGCUACAAGCCAACCAGUGUAGUUCUAAGGGAAAUGCCAUUUGACAUUCCUCUGCAGUGUAAAUUCCCCAGGCUGUUUUAUGCCUAUAAAAUUGGCUUCCAUCCCAAACUACAGGGAGGCACAAUUUUCAAAGCGCUCCAACCAAAAAGCAGUUUCAUCCUCACCCCACAAGAUGCAUCGGGGAAGGACAUCACUGGAAUUCAAUCCUACAUCUUGGGACAGCUGAUGUUUUUUCAGGCCAGUGGAGCAGUCGGCACUCCAAGCUCUGGAAAGGAGAGGCUGUACAUCAACAAGUGCUUUGUGACCACCUCCCAAGACCCUAACUCACAUGUUAAAUAUACCGUCAUUGACAACUACGGCUGCAUGAUUGAUGGCAAGGUGACGCUACAAUCAAAGUUCCUCCCUGCUAACUCAAAGAAGGUCCAGAAAUUCAGCGUUGGCGCCUUCAUUUUCAAGAACACUGCUUCGACCACCUCGCAACAGCACCUCUACAUGCACUGUGAGAUCUCUAUGGGGCCACUUUCUCCAACUCCGACUUCAAAGGCUUGCAAUUUUAAUCCAGCCACCAAAAAGUGGGUGGCGCUCUAUGGUAAGGACUGCAUAUGUGCCUGUUGUGACUCAACUUGCUCAUCAGGAAAGCAUAAGGGUCCCAAGACGAUCAUCUCCAGUCCCUCCUGGAAGGUUGACUUGAGCAGUAUGGAUGAAUACGUGAAGGGUGACUCUCAGAUGAAAUCCUCUGGUGCUGAUACAUUCAGUUUAGAGGACCCUGACCUGGCAGAAAUUAAAGACUUUCAAAACUACUGGAGCCUUGAUUAGUAAAACUGCCACAUUGAAAUGAUCAGUUUUAAAUAAAUCAAUUUCUUUUUUUCUGGUACUCUA